AUGGGUCCUAAGAGAGAGAAUAAUCGUAAAUGGUGGAGAAAUAAUUCUCAGAGGCACUUUAAUAAAAGGUAUAGGUCAGGUAUAUCGGAAUCAUCAGAAUCAAGCACACUAGCAAGUUCAUCCGCUAGUAGUAAUCAGAGAUCUUCAGUGCCAGAACUACCAGGGUUUUACUAUGACCCCGAAAAGAACAGGUAUUUUCGCCUGCUUCCAGGACACAAUAACUGUAACCCAUUGACUAGAGAGGGUAUAAUGCAGAAGGAAAUGGAACAGAAAAGGCUUCAACUUCUUGAAGAAGACAAAAAUAGAAAGAAAUCCACCAGGCCUGGAGUAAAUGCAUCUAUGCUAGUGUGGAAACGACAGCUUGGACUGAUGCCAUUUACAACAUACUGCAGGCGUGUCCAUGAACUCAAAGUGAACUGUAUGCAGAGAAAGGAAGUACAUAUUGCCAAUCCUGAGCCUGUUGGUCCAGGAGCACACAAGUUUGAGUUUAUUCUGGCAGAUUCAUCAUGCCAGAGAUUAUUUGCAGUAAGUGACAUGGAGAAUGGGUUCUGUAAAUAUGGUCUUCUGAACAUUAACGGACUGUGGAAAGAUGUGCCCACUGUGGAAAGCCACGAUAAUCCCUACUUUACAAAUCAUAAGGUAAAUGUUGCAUGUUGGGCCACACUCACUGGACCAGACUCACAUGUCCUUAUUUCUCUCCUGGGAAGACAAGAUAGUCCAGGCUGUGUUAGCCUUAUACCAGCAUGUCUGUUCAGAAACUUGGCCCCUGACGCAGAUGAUGGCCAACCUGUAAUGCUAUACAAUAUCAAAGUUUCCAAUGUAUGGAGCUGUGUAUGGUGCUUAAACCCUCGACUGGAUUGUAGCUUUUCCGCAGGGCUGAGGAAUCAAGUCCUGGUAAUGAACACUGUAACAGAUGUUCGGAGAACAUUUAAAACAAAUAGUGAUGUUUUGGCCCAGCAGUUUGCUACAGAGAACUUACUGCUGUAUAAUGGGUGCCGCUCUGGAGAGGUAUUCUCUAUUGAUAUGCGUGUCCCUGCACUUUCUCCGUCUAACUGGAAAAAAGGGACAUCUUUCUUUCAGAACUCCGCUAUCACUUGUCUGCGUCUUCUUCAGGAUGAAAAUUACCUGAUGGCCUCUGAUAUGUCUGGACAGAUCAAAUUGUGGGAUAUGAGAAUGGUAAAAUGUUUACAGGAUUAUGAGGGGCAUACCAAUAGUUAUGCAUAUUUACCACUGCAUAUUACAGAAGACGAAGGAUUGCUCAUUGCUGUUGGCCAGGAUUGCUACACAAGAAUUUGGAACCUGCAAGAUACCAGACUGCUCCGGACUAUCCCAUCUCCACAUCCAGCAUCCAAAGACACUAUACCAAGUGUGGUGUUUUCUUCCCACUUAGGAGGGAAAGGACAGAAUGUUCCUGGCAUCCUUAUGGCUGUUAAUAAAGACUUGUAUCACUUUACAUAUAAUACAAAUACUGUGGAAUAA